CCCAGACGGCUUCCCGACUGCGACUGAGUGCCUUCGGUACCGCUGUGCCCACUGCAGUAUGCCGCUGUUUCUCAGCUUUCCGCCACGAUCCCUCCGUGAGGUCCUCGCUAAGAAGAGCGCUCCGCCGGGACCGCUGUGCCCUCAGCCCGACCCUUCUCUGCUCCUCUCCCCGCACACGGCGGGCGCAGUCCCGCACCUCGGCGCUGCUAUGGAAGAAAAAGAGCGGCUGAGCCCUUCCCCGCCCCGAGAGGCGACGACGCGCGAAGGAGACGAAGAACGGCAGUCUCAGAGAGGCUCCGGAUGCAGUGAGCUGAGACAGAACAGGCGCCGCGUGCUCUGCGUGGCUUUGUGUGCAGUGCCGUGCAUGCUUGUUUCGGCGCUGGUGGCCGUGAUAGUGCUCCAGCGUCCGUCGUGCCCACCUCGCCCACCCUUCUCCCACGUGUGCCCCAACACCUCAAUCGGUUUCCAAGGGAAAUGCUAUUAUUUCUCGGACACGGAGAGUGAUUGGAACAGCAGCAGGGAGCACUGCCACCGCCUCGGAGCUUCCCUGGCUACCAUAGAGACGGAGGAGGAGAUGGGAUUCAUGCUGCAGUACCAGGGCCCGGAAGACCACUGGAUUGGGCUGCACAGGGCAGAAGGGGCCGAGCACUGGACAUGGGCCGAUGGCAGCGCCUUCAGCAACUGGUUUGAGCUGCGAGGCGGAGGCCGAUGUGCGUACCUGAAUGGGGACAGGAUCAGCUCAGCCCUCUGCCACAAUGAGAAGUUCUGGGUGUGCAGCAGAGCCGACAGCUACGUCCGCUGGAGGAAAGGGACAAAUCUGCAGUGACGGAUCCCAUCCCAGGCAGCUCAUGCCAAUGCUGCUGGGCACUGCCAUGCCAUCCGUGUGUACUGGAAUCUGCCUCUUUCCAGCACUGCUACAUUUGUGUUUACAUGGACUCAGCCAGCUGUGCUGCUCGCUGUCUCUCAGGAAACUCAUCUGUUGCACUGUGCCUUAAAGGGGGGUCCUUGGAGGGUCCUUACAGAUCACAGCCCCACGGGACGGUUGGGUGUGCAGCUGACGAUUCUGCACGGUUCUCUCCACUUACACUAUUACAGUCAUCGCUAUUGUUAUUACGAUUAUUGUUAUUGCAAGUCUGCAUUUAUUACCCUUCCUAUCCAAUGUCCCCAGCAACAACAGCGCUUCCAUUACAAAUGGAAUCCCACAAACAAUAUUUUUAAACACCCAACAAUUGCAAAGACGACAGCAACGACAAACGCAGUUCCUAUCAGGAAGAGAAAGAGAAAAUCGGGUCGGGCAUUUGUGCCCCCCUCUCCCCUCCCUCCACCCCCACUCGACCAGUCGCUUUAAACACUUCGGUGACGGUUUCCAGCCGUCUCCCUCGCAGGAGAACGAAACCACGGGUCCGACCCACUUUCGUAGCUACGAUCUUUCCAAAGUAUUACACGGCUCGCAUGUAUCACUCUCGGGGUACCUCGCAUGCGGCACCCGUGGGCUUCUCGGCAUUCUCGAGAUACCCCCCUAAGUGGGACCCCCGUCCCGAGGGCUGUACUCCCACCCACGCCGAUCGCCGUCACCCAACCGUUACCUGCGGAUCCACCCUCAGGGGGAGCACCCUCGCUCCUUCAACCCCGCGCAGGACGUCUCCUCACGUCUUACGGGUCCCUGCGACUCGCGGAAUCGAACCCCAUAACCACAACAGAGUUACAAAGCAGGUAUGUUUUAAUCAACGCUGCGCAGAGCCGGAUACAAGGGGGAGAGCUCCUCCUCACUUGCAUGCCAUCAGGACGAAAACUCGGGAUAGGUAUAGGCAGGGCUAAUACAGAACCAACGAUUUUCCUGGAAUUCCUAUACAUAUUCGUUCCAUUUCCGAGAACUCCUCAGCAUACGGUCCCUCGCCCUCGCGCAUGCGAGGCAGGAAAGGCAUCCUUCACAUCCAGAAGGCAAACUCCACCAACUCAUUCCCUAACUUAGUUACUAAAGUGGAUGGAUUUGCCACCACGGAGUGUAUACAUUCAGCAAGUCUAUGAUUUGCCCUCAAUUCCUGUACUAAACUAUAGCACUUGCUAUCCAAUUUUUCAUCGGCAAGACUGGAGUCUUGUAUUUGGAUUCACAUUCAAUUAGUCAUCCAAAAUCCAAAAGUUAUCCGUUUUUCUUUUCUCCUUCUCCGGUUGCGUAUCCUCAGAGGGCACCGCUUUACCCUGACUGGGCUAGCUCCAGCUCUUGCUUUGAACUUAGGGCUGCAUUUUGGCUCUACCAGGCAUCCCUGAUACCCACACUGCUAAGCAUACCUUAGUGAAGAUUUCUGCAACUUCUGGGGGUACAACGUUGUUUUUCCCACUUAGUAUUAAAGCCAGACUUACCAUUUGCAAUCAGUUCAUCUCGUUUGACCCUUAGCUCCAGUGUUAUUGAAUUGAAUCUCUGCAUCCAUUUGUUCUAAUGAGCCUUGCCAGAGGAGCGGUUUUGGAGAACCCGGCAUGUACAGGAAUUGAUGUAUUCCGACUUAUUUUCUCAGCCUAUAUUCACUUGAUCCCCAAAGGGAAGCUCUUUCUUGUUGGGCAGUAGCUCCUACUACUGAUGCAAAAUCAUCUGCGGGUGGUGAGAGGCACCCGUGCCCACCGGAAACGAAACCUCUUUCUCCUGCUCUCCUGGCUGCAAUUUCACCGGUGGAUUUCCCAGGAAUAACUUCCCAGGUUCCCAUCAUUCCGCUUUUGCAAUCAGAGACGGUUGGAUUUCUCCACCGCUGUCUCAUAUCCCUGCAGAUUGCACACUGCUUUCAGUCCAGCAGGGGUGGAACCCUCCAUGGACUCUUCCAGCCCCCCCCAUUACCGCUUUCUAAGGGGACCUCUGGGUCCUACGGCUCUACUCCAGCACCGCAACAGGAACAGCUGUUGCUAUUCCCAAUGUCCUUACUAUCACUGUUCCUCAAUCAGAUUUUUCUUCAUAUUGCUCGCCUCUCUUUGGAUCUACAUCCCUGUUACACCUUGCUCAUCUUUGCCUUCCUCAGCCUGCGUCCUCAAACUUUUCCCUUUCCAAA